AGGAGCACCGGGCCGCGGCCCGAGCAGGUCACGCGGUGCAGACCCUGCUCCGGUGGGCGGCGCGGGACGCGCUCAGGAGGCCGUGGGGCUCAGUGAUGCCGAAGCGGGGGAAGAAGGCAGCCGCGGCGGAGGACGGCGAGCAGCCCGGGCCGGAGCCGGAAGCCAAGAAGAGCAAGACUGCAGCCAAGAAAAGCGAAAAAGAGGCAGCCGGGGAGGGGCCGGCCCUGUACGAGGACCCCCCGGAUCAGAAGACGGCGCCCAGCGGCAAGUCGGCCACCCUCAAGAUCUGCUCUUGGAACGUGGACGGGCUUCGAGCCUGGAUCAAGAAGAAGGGUCUCGACUGGGUAAAGGAAGAGGCGCCAGAUAUCCUCUGCCUCCAGGAGACCAAAUGUUCAGAGAACAAACUACCCGCUGAACUUCAGGAGCUACCUGGACUGCCCCACCAGUACUGGUCGGCUCCGUCAGACAAGGAGGGGUACAGCGGUGUGGGCCUGCUGUCCCGCCAGUGCCCGCUCAAAGUCUCCUAUGGCAUCGGUGAGGAGGAGCACGAUCAGGAAGGCCGAGUGAUUGUGGCUGAGUUCGACACGUUCGUGCUGGUGACCGCCUAUGUGCCUAACGCAGGCCGAGGUCUGGUGCGCUUGGAGUACCGGCAGCGCUGGGACGAAGCCUUCCGCAAGUUUCUGAAGGGCUUGGCUUCCCGCAAGCCCCUCGUGCUAUGUGGGGACCUCAACGUGGCUCACGAAGAAAUCGACCUGCGUAACCCCAAGGGAAACAAGAAGAAUGCCGGCUUCACUCCCCAAGAACGCCAAGGCUUUGGGGAAUUGCUGCAGGCUGUGCCGCUGGCUGACAGUUUCCGGCACCUCUACCCCAACACGGCCUACGCAUAUACCUUUUGGACCUACAUGAUGAAUGCGCGAUCCAAAAAUGUUGGUUGGCGCCUUGACUACUUCUUGUUGUCUCACUCUCUCUUACCUGCAUUGUGUGACAGCAAGAUCCGUUCCAAGGCCCUGGGCAGUGACCACUGUCCUAUCACCUUAUACCUAGCGCUGUGACAUGCUCCCAAAUGACUGGAAGCCUGGGAAAUAAGUCCCCCCUCCCCAAGCUAGCUUUAAAACUUAACCUCCACAAACUUCUUUAAAAACUGCUCUCUAGACAUAUCUGCACUGUAUUUCCCUUCUAAAAACACAAAUCCUUCAACCGAGCUCCUAGUGAUGCUUUCUUUUAACCCCCUCCCCCAAUUUUUUGCUUUUUACGUUAAGCAAAAGCUACUACUGAUUUCUUUUGAACUGUCCACAUGAAAAUAAAGAGCCAUAGUU